CUGCCGGGGCUCCGAGGGGCUCCUUGUGCCUGGCUCUGUGACAGGUGGCCCUGGCAGGCCAGGCCCCCAGCCACCCUGUCUUCGCCAUCCGCAUCGCUGCCUGGGCCCCGCUGCCCCCUCUCUCCCUCCGGCCACCUGGGCACAGACAGCCCCCUCGGAGGGGCCCCUCGGCCAGCCUCGCGUGAGGCCCCAGUGGCCAGGGCUUCCACUCACUUCACCUCCAGGCCCUGUCCGUCUACCGCCCCGCUGGGCCUCAGUUUCCCCAUCCACAGCGCGGGGAGGGCUGGGGGACUGGACAGGGUGAUCUCCGAGGCUCCAGGGCUCAGCAGGCCCGAACUUCCCCGAAGCCGGCCCUUUGCAAGCCUUGUUCAUACGGAAACUGCCCACUUCCCCUUCUGCUAUUUCGGCCUGAGAACUGCCGGUGGCAGCCGCCCCGCUGCCUCCCCACCCAGCCCCGCCGGCCCCUUGGGGCCUUCUGGGGAACAGCAGCGCCUCUGCUGGGGCCCAGCUCCUGCCCCGCGCCCCCCCACCUCUUGCAGAACCGGCGGGAGCGUGAGUGAGAGCGAGAGGCAGAGGCAGAGACAGAACUUACUCAGCCUGGGGCAGACGCAUGAGUGUUUGUUAAAUUUCAGUCUCUGUUUUCAGAACUAGUUCAUGAUUUUUUCAAAUUUAAUAUAAAAAUGGGAGAAGGCGUGUGGCAUUUGUGGCCGGACUGCAUGGGCGAGGAUCCUGGCUCUGGGCCUCUCUCGCUGUGUGACCUGGGGCGCUGUCUGCACCUCUCUGAGCCUCCCUUGGCUCCCUUGGACGAGGGGGGCUGGGCUCGGGGGUCUCUCACACGUGCUGCCGUGCAGCUGGGGCACCGGCCACAGAGUCCGUCUAAGAGGUGCCCCACAAAUCGGCCCUGGCUCCCCUCAGGUCCCAGCCCCUCCCGGGGUCCCCGCGCCCAGGCCCCUGUGGGGGUCGGUGUGGGGAGGCCUGUGUGUGUCUGGGGGACAGCCAGGUGGGGGGCUCUCGCCACGUUCUCCGCCGUGUUCGCUGCGGGCCGUUCAGCCAACCCUGGACCAAGCAGGCCACCCCUGCUGCCCCUUCCCACUGCUCAGGGCCUUAGGGACCUCGAGGGAUAGGGGUCACGGGGUCAUGCCCAGCCAGGGCCCACCCUCUGCUACACACACCAUCUCGAGAAGGGGUGACAAUCUACCAGCCCGGCCUGCCCCGCACCCUGCCCAGCCUGGGGGAGCCCCAGGGGUUCUGCCUGUCCCGGGAUGCCAGGCCCCAGGAGGCAGGAGGGUCUCUGGGAGUCGGGGCCCUCUGGGACGGAGGACUAUGCACCCCGAGGAGGGACAAGUGUCCUGGAGGGGUCCUGAACAUCGGGCCGAGAGCCAGCCUUGCUCCUGGAGGCUCAAGUGGACUCUGGAGUCGGCUGGUGCUGGACCAUGUCCCAGCUGUCACGCCUGUGUGUGACCCGCCCGUUGGUCUGUGCCUGAAUGCCUUUGGGGGGCAGAGCCACUGUCCUGACCAAAGGACAGAGAUGUCAAGGGUCAGUAGGGCGAAGGAGGCACCCAAACCAGCCGGCCAUAAAUAAGACCCCGGCAGGUCUCUCUCCAGGAAGCCGCGACCGUGAGCCAGGCCGGGCCACUUAUCACCCCAGCCACCCUGUGAGGAAAGCACUGGAUUCAUUCCCAUUUCAUAGAUGAGGAAACUGAGGCUCCGAGGCUCCCAGGCAUAGGCAGGGUUCAAUCCCAGGAGUCCUCCCUCCAAGACCAGGUGCUCCUAGGUCACACGGCCUGAGAGAGCCGUGGGCCGUGGCAGAGGGGCUGGCGGGGGAGCCCACCCUGGGCAGCAGCCACCGAGCCAGAGCGAGGCGGGGGAGGGGGGAGGGCUCCCCUCAGACAACAUCCUGGGGUGACGUGGGUCGUGCGGGUCACACGAUCCGGGCAUUCACUUGUUCCCACUGACUCACUGGCUUUUGGGGAAGAGCUUCUCUGUGACAGGCCCCUGGCUGGGGAUUCCGUGUCAUCUUCACCAGAUGGCUCCGGAAGCUCGGAGAGGUUCUGAGCCUUGUCCAAGGUCACAAGGCGAGUGACGGGGACGGCACAGGAGGCGGCAGCACGGAGCACCCCUUCUGCAGUCCUGUCUCCGCUCCCAGCCCCGCCUUCCCCGGCCGUGGCGUGGGGGACCCCUGCCCACCCCCGGCCGAGGCAGGAGAACAGGCGAGCAAGAGCAGAGCACUGCAGGAGGGGACGCCAGGAGCAGACAUGAGCUCGGGGACCGAGCUGCUGUGGCCCGGGGUGGCGCUGCUGCUGCUGGGGCUGGCGGCCAGCCUGUGUGUGCGAUGCUCCCGCCCAGGUGCAAAGAGGUCCGAGAAAAUCUAUCAGCAGAGAAGUCAGCAGGAGAGCCGGCAGAGCUUUGCGGUGGCCCAGACCUACUCCUUGGUCGGGCAUCCAUGGCCAGGGCCCCUGGGGGACACAGCCUGUGACGUGGCACACACCAGGAAGGACAAGCUGCUGCAGUUCUCCCCCGGCCUGGAGGAGCCCGCGUCCCCCAGGUACCAGAACUUCAGCAAAGGAAGCAGACACGGAUCGGAUGCAGGCUACAUAGACCCCAUUGCCGGGCACUGUUACAGCUGGGAGCAGUCCCCCAAGCCCUCGGAAGACGACGAGGACACCAAUUCCUACGAGAACGUGCUCAUCUGCAAGCCCAGGGCCUCAGACAACGAGGAGUGUGAGGAUUAUCAGAACUCGGCAUCCAUCCGCCAGUGGCGGGAGUCCAGGAGGGCCGUGGAGCACGGCUGGCGAGAAGCACCGCCCUCCCCGGGAAGCCCGGACGAGGACGGGGAACCGGAUUACGUGAACGGGGAUGUGGCCGGCGAAGCCUAGGGAAGGCCCGGAAGGAAGGUACAGUCCUCUCUCCUGCUGCCUGGGGUAGCCGGUCCCAGGAGGAGCAGAGAGCGAGCCAGGUGCCACCUGGGCCAGGGGUGGUGACAGUGGGGUCUGGGGCUGGGAGGGCAGAGAUGCCAGUGCGUGCUGAAGGAGGUGUGGAUGGUGGGCGUGAGGCCGAGGUGAGGGCUGCAAGUCUGCUGAGCCACGAGCGGAUGUCGCUGUGGGGACAUCUGGGAGGUACUGGCGAGCAGGCUUUGCAGGGCAAGCUGGGAGUCUGUGUUUGGACGUGUUAAGUUCGAGAUGGCCAUCCGGGUGGGCAAGGACACGGGCAGGGAGAUCUCUGAGCCCGGACUCCGGAGAGGGUCAGGUUAGAGAUACGGCCCUGGGCACUGUCACCACAUGGAUGGUCCACAGUCACCGAGGGAGGGAGGGAGAGAAGAGGACCCAGCGCUGAGCCGGGGCCCCUCCCAAGCCAGAAGGGGGAGAAGCGCCAGAGACAGGGCUCAGGGAGGGUGUAGCCAAGCACAGAGAGGUUGUGAUGACAGAGCUGAGCGCCAGGGGACAUCGGUCACAAGGGCAGUUUUGGUGACGUGGUGGGGAGAAGGCCUGCAUGCAAAGACAGUGGUUCAGAUAAUUCUUCAAGAAGUUUCACUUUAGAGGGGAGCAGAGGAAGUGGGGCAGGAGCUGGGGGAUUGCGAAGGUUUUUAGAUGACAGAGAUGACAGUAUGGGGACAGAAAAGCUGCAGGGGGGUGAGUGCUGGGCCGGGCAGUGGCUGACGAGACCUGUCUAGCUAGAUGCUAUCUGGCGCAGAGGAGGCGUGGACGCCGCAGCCCGCGUUCGCAGUGGGCUGACAAAAGGCCAGAGUGGCCGAUCGCUGGGUUCCAGUGAGUCAGGGCGGAAGGCAGUUGACUCAGGGCCUGACGCAACUUUCCGUGCGUCAGGGUGAGGACAGAUGGAGGGGGGUGAGCGCCGGCACAGGCCCUGUCCCGGAGAGGGCGUCCUGGCAGUGAUGCCAGUGGCUAGGGCAGCCCCUGCCUCCGCGGGAUCAGGGUUUAAGGGACCCAGCCGAGGCCGCCUGGUGGGCGGGUUCUGCUCGCAGGAGGCAGGAGGGCAGCUGAGUGCUGACCCAAAGCGGCCGCUCUGGUUCCCAGGGAACAAAGUACUGGCCAAGGCAAACUUUUCCUUUUAACAAACUCUUCCUCUCCACUGCAGGUGCCAGGGCGGGGCGGCUGGAGGACCACUGAGCUCGUGGACCCGUGGGUCGCCUCUGAGGAUGGCUUUCCAGAGCUGCUCAACUUUUAGGCCCCAGCACGGCUGCUCCUGGAAGGGUUAGCGACACCUCCUGAGGACCACUUGGCCGCAGGGUUCAGCCUGGGGGGGACAGUGACUCAUAGGAUUGCCAAAAAUGCACCCUCCACUGCCCCCGCCCCCCAACCCAGGCUUCCUUGGGCAGGUGCCAGGGGUGACCGGCUCCCGCUAUGGUGGACGCCCAGGGUUAGGGCGAGCUGCAGCCCUGUCCCCGUGUCUAAAACAUUGUCUUUGGAUCCCAAGUUGCCAUUGUCAGUUGCUGGGAUUGUUUAUGAUUGAUAAUCUUGUACAGUUAACUUAUGUAGGUGGAGCCAUAUUUAAUAUUCCGACCUCAGGGUAGAGACUUACCUUACAAAGCAUUACACGUGGCUGCCCUCUGCAUCCUGGCCAGGCGGGCCCGGCUCUCCCUCUGUCCUUUAGUGGGGACCUCCCCUUCCUUUGGGCCUCGGGCCAUUCAGGAAGACAUGAGGCCACAGCCACCCUGGGACCCUUCCGUGGAAAUGGCAUCUGCCGUGGACAACAGUGCAUCGGUCUGGAGCAGCGUGGUCAGGACAGCGUCCAGAGGCCCCUCGGCCAGCAGGGCAGCCCCUCACUGCCCGGCAUCCUCCUCACCUCGCAGCUCCGAGGGGAACUUCUGAGUCAGAAACCCAGCCAGGGAAACAUGCCCCCUCCAACCCGAACGUCUCAAUAAACCACUUUAGUUUAAGA